AUGGGCCGCAUUUUAUCUCAGCCUAGCCCCGGCUGGUCACUUCGUGGUUAUGGUGACGAGGUUUGCAAGGAACAGCUUUUAAUCAAGGGGCUGCUAUCACUAGCUGGCGCCAUAUUACAUCUGGUUGAGCACACAAAACGUAUAUUCUAUGGUAUCUGUUGGAUUGUGAUACCUCUUUUUACGGUGUUAGCGUCUGUACCAGCCGAGGAUCGCCUAUAUGUGGACGUCAUCAACUACCUCAGCAGCGAAGACUUGGCCAAAAGGAGAACCGGUACCCUGGUAGCGCGCACAGAGACUGCCGAUCGCUGCAUAGUUCCCUUCUGGCACCAGAAAACUACGAGAGACGAUUCCCAUGACUGCCAGAUUAUAUACACUUCCAAGUUUGGAACAAGGUUCUUCUGCCACGACGGUAAACCUCUGUUCCUCCGCCUCCGAUUUGCGAAGCCCUCUGGUCCCCAAAAUAGCAGGAAGCCAGAUUCGAACGAGGAACUGUUAGAGAUUCUCUGCCUAGGUUGGUCUCGAGACCCAAUCGACAAGUUCCUCCGCCAUUGUCAUAAAUUUAGACAAGGACAGCGCAAAGGCUCAGUUGCUGUCUACAUCCACCGGGGCAGUGAUUUCGGCAGCCGGGCAUUUUGGGACACAACGAUCGUAAAGCCUCAAAGGUCACUAAGUACGGUGUACUUGGACGAAGGCGAAAAAAGCCGGCUCGUCGAGGAUAUUCGAGAGUAUCUGCGCCCGCAAACCAGGAAUUUUUACAGAGAUCGCGGAGUACCCUAUCGACGAGGGUAUCUCCUACAUGGACCUCCUGGUACGGGCAAAUCUUCCCUCAGCCUGGCUUUGGCAAGUGAAUUCAAUCUCGACGUUUACAUGUUGGAGAUUCCGAGCCUCCGCAGUGACAUAGAGCUGAAGGCGCUGUUCACACAACUGCCACAACGCUGUAUCGUUUUAUUGGAGGAUGUUGAUGCCAUCGGCCUUCAGCGUCGACGCGCCCUAUCAAAUUCAGAUUUGGAAGAUGAGAGCGAUAGCGAAGAUGAACAUUCAGAUUCGGUUGAAAAGCGGUCCGGCUGUUCACUUUCUGGGCUGCUAAAUUUGCUGGACGGGGUGGCAAGCCCAGAAGGGCGCAUUCUUGUCAUGACCACCAACGCCAUUGAGAAGCUAGACACAGCGUUGUUUCGAGACGGAAGAGUUGAUAGGAAAGUUUACCUUGGGAACAUGGACAAGGAAUCUGCCAGGUUGAUGUUCAAAACCAUGUAUCAACUCCAAUCGGAAACACUCCCCUCCGUCCAAGUUGAUAACAGCACUAAGCAGCAAUCGUGUCAAUCGUGUCAAUCGGCGAACGUUAAAUCCAGACACGUCGAUCUUAACAACCUAGCGCAAGAUUUUGCCAGUCAAAUACCAAUAAAUAGUCUUUCACACGCCAAAGUACAAGGGUACCUUUUAUCUCACAAAGGAAAUCCGCAGGAAGCGGUGGCGAACUUCAACCAAUUUCUCAUGGCCAACCAACCAACCAACCAACCACACCACAGGCAACGGCAGAGGAAACCCCGGCGUAAGAUGAGUCAGGUUUUAGGCUUUUGUUUGACUUUUGGAUGUCUACACCAACUCACUGAAGUCAAUUGUUACGCCAUCCCGGAUGUUGUUGGCUCCCGGAUUGGCAGUGUGCCCAGCACCACGCACAGCGAACUUGCAGCUCUGGUUGCAACCCUUCAAGUUUCCGUCGUUGUUAUCGGUGCCCGACACGCCCAGCACCUCCACGGCCGUGGCGACCUCCUCGGCGGACUGCGGAAAGAAAAUGCAUGCUGGGGAAAUUUGUGUGCUAUCCAAGGGCCAAUAAGCCGACAGAGUAUCGUCAUAAAGAGUCGAGAGGUUGCUGGACAGGCGGUUGCCAAGGCCAACAGCCUCGAGGAUGUCACACUGAAAGAAGGGCCUGGAAGGUUAGCAUGUCGCUCAACAGGAGAGCUCAAGACACUGUUGACUUACAGCCAAUGUGGUAGCAAACAGUUGAAGCUUCAUUAUAAUCUAGCAAACACUCAAAACGGGCAUUCAAGGUCUAUGAGGGAUCAGAGAACCCGUUCAUGCAAGAUUCGUUACACAUAUAAAUCCCGUACAAUUAAGAACGUCGACUUGGUCCAUAAUCGCCAAGACCUCAAUAUCUGA